ACAAAGGUAAGAAAAAUAUGUAAUGAUUAACUUAAUAAGAUUGAGAUUUGAAAUAAUUAGAUGAGUUACAUGAUGAGUCCCAAGUGGGAAAGAAAUGACUUAUAGCAGUGGGGAUAAAUAAAAUUUCCUUCACUUUUAUCUAUGUCAGUUACAGUGUUCGCGUCCCAGCCGUGAAUUGCACUUGAAUGUCUGCCGUUAGUGACAUUCACUCAGCUUUAUACCCAACAUUAAUAUUCAAGAUACAAUAAUGAUAUACUAGUUUAUUUAGCGAAUUUAUUCAGAUUAAUAACAGUGCAACGAUAAAAAAUUCUCUGAAGUUGUUUGUGAUGCUGUAACUAAUUUAUUCUAUUUUAUAAUUAAAGAAAAAUGAACAGUUGAAAGAUGGAUCAAGAGAUUCGGCAUCAAAUAUUAAUUGGCUUAGUUUGUAAUUUAUUGAUCGUUGAUUGUGGUCUACAUGAAGGAUGGGCAACAAUAACACUUCCAAAAUUUGGAAACGAGGAUCCUCUCGAAUUAACAUCCAAUCAACAAGUUCUUUUGAUCAAUUUGCUUUAUGUUGGCGUUGGUCUAGGAUCUCUAGCUCCAGUAUUUUUAAUGGACAGGUAUGGAAGAAAAUGGACUCUGCUGGCAGCAGCAGUACCUAAAAUUUUCAGUUGGAUUGCUAUUGGUUUAGCAAAUAGUCACAUGACACUCUACGCUGCUCGACUGUUAGCUGGAGUAGGUUGUGGAAUCUCUUACUCUGUAAUGCCAAUGUAUAUUGGAGAAAUCAGUACAAAAAGAACACGAGGUCCUUUAGGAACGUUGCAAACUGUACUAAUUAAUAUUGGCGUCCUUCUCGUUUACUCAGUUGGCUUGCAUGUAGAACGUUUCACUAUGGCAAUGAUGUCUCUAGUCGUUCCAGUCCUUUUCAUCGUAACUUUCAUUUGGCUUCCUGAAAGUUCUGUUUAUUUAACACGAAAGAAUCGACUCGUCAGUGCUGAAAAAACGUUAAAGUGGUCUUUAGGGAAGGAAAAUGUCGAGGAAGAGUUUGAGGAAAUCAAGAGGAUUGUUGCUACUGAAGACGUCGUAAAAAAGAUUGGAUUUUGCAAAUCACUAAUAAUAGGUAUGAAGUCUCCUGCUAAUCAACGUGCUGCUGGAAUUAUGCUAAUCGUUGCUAAUGCUAUGUCUCUCACUGGAGCUGCACCUAUUCUUUCCUAUCAAUCGUUUAUUUUUGAAGAAGCCAAGUUUGAGAUUGGUGCUAAUGCAGGCAUUAUCAGCACAGGCUGUGCCAUAGUAUUAGCUGGAAUGGCUUGUGUAGCAAUGGUUAAAAGAUUUGGAAAGAGAAAUAUCCUUCUGUAUGGGACACCAAUAGCUAUUCUGAGCUUAGCAACAACUGCUACUUAUUUCACUUUAACAUCUUAUCAAGUGAAUUUAGAUCACGUCAACUGGAUUCCCAUGGUCUUUGUUGUGAUUUACAUUGUUGUAUUUGGUCUAUCAUUUAAUCCAAUGCCUUUGGCUUACCUUGGAGAAUUAUUCUCAUUUGAAAUUAAAGCUGCUGCUGGAAUCUGUACCUCUUUGUAUUAUGCAUUAUCAACAAUUGGAAUUAUCAAGCUAUAUCAAGUAUUACAUGAUUCCUAUGGAACACAUGCUCCAUUUUGGUUAUUCACGGUAAUAACUCUGAUUCUCUGGAUUUUUAUUUACUUAUAUGUAAUGGAGACUGAAGGAAAAACUCUAGAAGAAAUUCAAAAUGAUUUAUACCGAGUUGCAACUGAGAAAAAAAGAAAGUCUGUUGUAGGUAUAAAUCCGUUGAAUAAAAUUCAUUUAGAAUCUACCUCUAUUAAUUCAACUAAAGUAUAAAUAAACGUGAUUUUUUGUGUGUUUUGAAUUUAUAAAAA